GGAGAGAAAAUACAAAUAAGUCCAAGACGGCGACUUGUGAGGGAAAGUUAUAAAACCCAAACGAUCUGCCUCAGCCCUCCCCCAUCAUCCCCAAGCUUCAACCCCGUCUAGACUACCGGAAAUGGCGGAGAAGGGAGUGUGCGGAUCGGCGGACGAGUUCCUGAAGCAGUGCGAACAUUCCGGCGACGCCGCGUACGGUGCACUGCGAUCGCUGCUGGAGCGGCUCGAGGAUCCCAGUACCAGAAAGGAGGCUCGGAUCUUCCUCGCUCUUCUCCGAAAACGGUUUGGUUCCAAGGAGGAUUCCGAGCAAUGCCUCAAAUCGUACCAUUUCCAGAUUCAGGACAUAAUCCUCGAGCAGUACGAAGGCUUACAGAAGAGGAAGAAAUUGACAAUGCUGUUGAUACCUAGUAUAUUUAUUCCCGAGGACUGGUCCUUUACCUUUUACGAAGGGCUGAACAGGCACCCUGAUUCAAUCUUUGAGGACAAAACAGUUGCGGAGCUUGGAUGUGGGAAUGGAUGGAUAUCCAUUGCGAUUGCAGAUAAAUGGUCACCUUUGAAGGUCUAUGGGUUGGACAUAAAUCCCAGAGCAAUAAAAAUCUCAUGGAUAAAUCUGUACUUAAAUGCUUUGGAUGACAAUGGUGAACCCAUCUAUGAUGCGGAAAGGAAAACCUUAUUGGAUCGGGUGGAAUUUCAUGAAUCUGAUCUUCUUGGUUACUGCAGAGAUAAUCACAUAGAGCUGGAAAGAAUUGUCGGAUGCAUACCGCAGAUACUAAACCCGAAUCCAGAUGCAAUGUCAAAGAUGAUCACUGAAAAUGCUAGUGAAGAAUUUUUGUAUUCUCUGAGCAACUACUGUGUACUUCAGGGAUUUGUUGAGGAUCAGUUUGGCCUAGGGCUCAUUGCAAGAGCUGUAGAAGAAGGAAUUUCUGUCAUAAAACCAAUGGGCAUUAUGAUAUUUAAUAUGGGAGGCCGUCCAGGGCAGGGUGUCUGCAAACGCUUAUUUGAGCGUCGUGGUCUCCAUGUCACAAAGCUUUGGCAGACUAAAAUUCUUCAGGCUGCUGACACAGAUAUUUCAGCUCUAGUUGAGAUCGAAAAGAAUAGCCCACACCGCUUUGAGUUUUUCAUGGGACUUGUUGGAGAUCAGCCAAUAUGUGCUCGAACAGCGUGGGCCUAUGGUAAAUCUGGAGGUCGUAUUUCUCAUGCUUUGUCUGUAUACAGUUGUCAACUACGCCAACCCAAGCAGGUCAAAAAGAUCUUCGAGUUUGUCAAGAAUGGGUUCCGUGAAAUUAGCAAUUCUUUAGACUUGUCAUUUGAAGAUGAUGCUGUUGCAGAUGAGAAGAUUCCAUUCCUAGCUUAUCUUGCUAGUGUUCUGAAGGAGAGUGCAUUUUUCCCAUAUGAGCCACCUGCAGGAAGCAAGCGAUUUCGUAAUCUUAUUGCAGGCUUUAUGAAGACAUACCAUCACAUCCCACUAACUGCUGAUAAUAUUGUUGUCUUUCCUUCAAGAGCUGUUGCAAUUGAGAAUAUUUUUCGAUUGUUCUUGCCACGUCUUGCUAUUGUUGACGAACAACUGUCGCGGAAUCUACCAAGGAAAUGGCUAACAUCACUGAAUCUCGAGGAGAGAGAAACUGAUGGUUCUUCAGAAAACAGACUAACUGUCAUUGAAGCUCCACGGCAAUCGGAUUCACUGGUUGAACUGAUAAAGAAAUUAAAGCCGCAACUGGUAGUUACUGGGAUGGCUCAUUUUGAAUCAGUUACUAGCUCAGCUUUUGAGCUCCUUUUAAAUACUACUAGAGAAAUUGGGUGCCGUCUGUUUUUAGAUAUAUCUGACCAGUUUGAGCUAUCUAGCCUGCCUAGUUCUAAUGGUGUCCUGAAAUAUCUUGCUGGAACUCCUCUUCCUCCGCACGCAUCCAUUGUUUGUGGCUUAUUGAAGAACAAGGUUUAUUCAGAUCUUGAAGUAGCUUUUGUGAUAUCAGAAGAAGAAAAAAUGUAUAAAGCGUUGUCAAAGGUUGUGGAACUCUUACAAGGGGGUACGUCUCUAAUAAGCCAAUACUAUUACGGGUGUCUUUUCCAUGAACUUCUAGCCUUUCAGCUUGCGGAUCGACAUCCACUCUUGGAGAGACAAGGUGAAGAUGCAAAAGUAUGCGACAUGAUUGGCUUUCCUAGUUCUGUUGUCUCAGUCCUUGAUCAUUCUGAAUUGGCUGUAAGUGAAACUGAAGCUGAUAAUUAUAAUCCCAUUCACAUGGAUGUAGAUCAGAGCUUCUUGCCCAUAGCAACUCCUGUGAAGGCUGCCAUCUUCGAGAGUUUUGUGAGACAAAACGUUUCCGAGUCAGAAAUUGAUGUGACAAACAACAUUAGUGAACUUCUUAGGAGCAGUUAUGGUUUUCCAACAAAUAACAACACAGAAUUUGUAUACGCAGAUAGCACUCUUGCCCUUUUCAAUAAGCUAGUCCUAUGUUGUAUCCAGGAAGGUGGAACUCUAUGCUUCCCGGCUGGGUCGAACGGGAAUUAUGUGUCAGCUGCAAAAUUUCUUAAGGCAAAUGUUGUAAAUGUUCCAACCAGUUCUGACCAAGGAUUUAAGUUGACAGAGAAGACACUUGGUGGUGUACUGGAGACGGUCAAUAAACCUUGGAUUUAUAUUUCUGGGCCCACCGUGAGUCCAACUGGCCACCUGUACAGCAAUGAUGAGAUCAAAGCGAUAUUGUCCUUGUGUGCGAAAUUUGGAGCGAGGGUUGUGAUUGAUAUUUCAUUCUCUGGUGUGGAAUUCAACUCAAAUGGAUGGGGUGGGUGGGACCUGGAGGACACAUUGUUGAAUUUAAGGUCCACAAAUCCAUCAUUUUGCGUUUCUUUGCUUGGGGGGUUGUUUAUGAAGAUGCUUACGGGAGGGCUUGCAUUUGGUUUCCUUCUCCUAAACCAUCCCAUAUUAGUUGAAGGGUUCCAUAGCUUUUCUGGUUUAAGCAAACCCCACAGCACAAUAAGAUACACAGUGAAGAAGCUGCUGGAUCUUAGAGAGCAAAAAACGGGAGGGUUUCUCAACGUGAUGGCAGGGCAGGAAAAGAUUCUGUCUGAUAAAUAUCAGCGCUUGAAGGAGACCCUUGAGAAGUGCGGGUGGGAUGUCCUCGAAGCCCACUCUGGUGUUUCUUUGGUGGCAAAGCCCACUGCGUACCUCGGCAAGACUCUGAAAGUCAACAACAAAGGCUCGAGUUCCUGGGAAGUCCAGAUCGGCGACUCAAAUAUCAGGGAGUCCAUUUUGAGGAGCACCGGUUUGUGCAUCAACAGCUCCUCGUGGACCGGGCUUCCGGGUUAUUGCCGCUUCACCUUUGCUUUGGACGACCACGAGUUCGACUCUGCCCUCGCCUGCAUUCUUAAAUUCAAACAGCUGGCAGGUAAUUGAAAAGUUUUGAUUUAUGAUAGCUGUUAAGUGUGGGGGCACUCUUAUUUUUUUUUUCACAACUUUGGUGUUGUGAAAUUAAAACUCGAUUAUGUGAGGAACAUCAUAACCAAUACCACGUGCUCACUUUGGUUAAAGUCUACUUAUGCACGGUGUUUUUUCCCCUCAUAUAGCAAUGUACUAUGGUACUAUAAUGAAUUGAUGAUGCCGGUUUUGGAGCUUCAUAUCACAUGAAUAAAAUUUGUCACCUUUA